CGUCACGUGGUGUAGGAGGACGCGUUGCGUAGGGACGUUCUGCCCGGUCCGGCGGUCGGUGUGACGCAGGCUCGGUGUCCGGUGAAGGUGACCGAUGACCAUCCUCCCCAAGAAGAAGCCCCCUCCCCCCUCUGACCCGGAGGACGGGGACAGGAGCGGCGCCGGCGGGGGUGACUCGCAUUCUCAUUCGCGUUCCGGUGCUCGUCCUCGCUCCUCCCCCCCUCCGCGAUGGGCCCAGGCCUCGCCUCCGCCCGGUGCUGGUGGUCAGGGGGGGGCGGGUUCGGCUCCAGACGGUCUGGGAGGCCUUGGUUGUUGUUGUAACGGGGCGGGGAUAGGACCCGGAGGCUGCUGCUCUGGGCCCGGACACAGCAAGAGGAGGAGGCAGGGGGGGAGCGGAGCCGGGGGACCGGCGGAGAGAGGACUGGGGCUCCCCGUGGCCGGUAACACCCCGGACCGGGAGGAUGGAGCCGGAAACAAUAGCGAGGACGAGUAUGAGACGGCGGCCCGCACCGAAUCCAUAGACCCGGACAUGGCGGAGCAGCAGGAGACCUGGUUUGAGAAGGCUUUGCAGGAGAAGAAGGGGUUCAUCAUCAAGCAGAUGAAGGAAGAUGGCGCCUGUCUGUUCAGAGCUGUGGCCGACCAGGUCUACGGCGACCAGGACAUGCACGAGGUGGUCCGGAAACACUGCAUGGAUUACCUGAUGAAGAACGCGGACUACUUUUCCAGCUACGUGACAGAAGACUUUACCACUUACAUCAACCGGAAACGGAAAAACAAUUGCCAUGGUAACCACAUAGAGAUGCAAGCCAUGGCGGAGAUGUACAACCGGCCCGUAGAAGUGUACCAGUAUGAAACCGAACCAAUCAAUACAUUCCACGGGAUCCAGCAGAACGAAGACGAGCCAAUCAGAGUGAGCUACCAUCGAAACAUCCACUACAACUCCGUGGUCAACCCCAACAAGGCCACAAUAGGAGUAGGCCUGGGCCUACCAUCUUUCAAACCUGGGUACGCAGAUCAGUCCCUGAUGAAGAAUGCCAUCCGGACCUCAGAGGAAUCCUGGAUUGAGCAACAGAUGUUAGAAGACAAAAAGAGGGCCACGGACUGGGAGGCCACGAAUGAGGCGAUUGAGGAACAAGUGGCACGGGAAUCCUACCUGCAGUGGUUACGGGACCAAGAGAAACAAGCCAGACAGCCCCGGAAGGCCAGUGCAACCUGCAGUUCUGCCACCGCCGCCUCCUCAAGUGGACCCGAGGAAUGGAGCAGUCGUUCACCAAGACAGCGCAGCACUGCAGGCUCCCCUGAGCACCCCGACGCCCACGCAGAGCAGCCAGCCAAGCCGUCUUCCCCAGGGACCACUCUAGUUUUAGCUAAGCCCCCUUCCCCGUGUGCGCCAGGCCCAAGCAACCAGCCAUGUACUGGUGCCGACUGCGCCACCUCACCCCUUGUGUCUUUGUACCCAGCCCUGGAGUGUAGAGCACUUAUGCAACACAUGUCUCCCACAGCAUUUGGUCUGAACGACUGGGACGACGACGAGAUCCUGGCCUCCGUUUUAGCAGUGUCACAGCAGGAAUAUCUAGACACGGUGAAGAAGAGCGCCCUGCGUAGGGAUCCUUCCCCCGACCACAGCUGAUAUCCAGCUCUGGCUCAUCCAUAUUCUCCCAUCUCCAUCCUGUCUCUGCUUGCCUUUCCUCUUCACUCCCGAGCCCCCUCCUCCCAACGAGUUUUUAUCAUGCUCACGUUGUGAUCUCCACCUGAAUGAUGCUCUUUUUCUGUAAGCGUACCUUUCCUACUAGCCUACGGAGGACUUGUAUAGCUGCAUGUUACAGCGAAUAUUGACAGCCCCCAAUGCCCCCCUUUUUUUCCUUCCUCGAAACCCUUCCAGACUUUGCUCUCGAGGCUUGCAGCGGGACGACGGGAGUCGCUGGCUCCUGCAGGAGGCGCCCUGACCUGUGUCGACACCUUUCACGGGGGUGCAGAGAUGAAAAUGACUCAGCCGGUGGAGCUAUCCACUUUUGUAUCUUCCUGAAGUUUUUUUUUGUUUUUUUUUUGGUUUGUAUCUUAUCAAGAGGACGUUCCAAUCACCUAGGAAUAACUUUUUUCUUAUUAAGAAAGUUAAAGAAAAAAAAAAGUGAAAAAAAAUCUUCUACGGAAGAAUUGAAGUGU